AUGUGCAGGCUCAACGAACAUCCAAGGCGACUUCGCUGCCAGCAAUGUACGGUAACAUCACUUCAGUCAAGUCCCGUAACUUUCAAGAUAUUUCGCUUCAGAUCACAGUUUCGUAGACCAACUCGACCAGGACCGCCUUCUUCGGCACUCCCAGUGAGGCCACCACCGCCGCGUUUGAGGAAACCACCACAGCGCAGACGACGCCCACGACCAGCAAGACGCGAACCAACGCCGUCCACCCAACAGAGCAGGGCCCAGCCACUGCAGAACAACAGCAGGCCUCGAAGUCGUGGACCAGGAGAAGCAGUGCCACAGCGGAAUCUGGCGCGGCCUCUGGCAUCGGUACCACAACGACGACAGGCUCUACGAUCAAGAAACUCCACUUUCUCCUGA